AUGGAGGUAUCAAUACGAAUACAGAAUGAUCAUGAAGAGGAUGAUGAUAAUGAUAAUGGAUCAUUGACAAACUCAUUAAUACCUACUUUGACUUCAUCAUCAACAUCAACAUCAACAACAACAACAACAACUCCCUCAUACUCAACAGUACAUCCACAUCCACAUCCACAUCAACAUCAACAUCCACAUACUCAUACUCAUACAACAACAACACAUAAUAUAUUGAAUGGUAGCUCAAACAUGUUAAAUAGCACAAAUAAUCAUCUUGUAAAUAUGAUGUCUUCAUUCAAUAACAAUAAUAAUAGUAGUAGUUCAGAUGGAGAGAAUACAACAUCGACGUCGACUUCAUCAGGGCCGUCAUCUGGAUCACUCUAUCGUUCAUUCUUGUCAUCUCCAUCAUCUACAAUGGGACAGCUACUCAGUCAACGAGGACAUUCUUUGACUCAAUCAUUCUUUAACAGUGAUGAUGGAGACAGCAACAACUUAAACCAGUCCAACAACAAUGUAUCACAGAACAUAGACACCGACUUGGAGCUCGGUCUACAUACAACAACAACCACCACGACCAACACAGCGGCAGCUAGCGGCGGUGGCGGUGCCAACAACAACGUCAACAUCAACAUCAACAACAACACAUUCAACGAUGGUACUCAACAGACGACAGGCUCAUCAACGCGACUGGACAUGCACUAUGUGAUCAAAUGGUUGGAGCAGAGCUACCCAUUCAUGAUCAUCCUUUUGGUAAUCUUCUUAUACAAACAUCGUCAAGGUAUCCUGAUGUUCUUAUGGCAGCAAGCAGUCUUUACUCAAGCCAAUCAAGCUCUGAAAACUCAAGUUGCUCUUCAGGACAAGAGGAACGUUGGAGUACUCUCAUGGUUGAUAGUGAUACUCUCAAGCAAUAUUGCUACUACCUAUUUAUUCUUUGGAUCAAGCGAGCUUUGGAGAUCACUAAUAAUGCUCUCCCCACGUAUUCCAAUCGAUAUAUACUCUGCCUUUUGGGUUGCUGUACUCAAUGACUUCAUGGUACGAUUCAUCACAAUGAUUGUUAAGGCAUUGUGUGUCAUUGUCAUUGGUCACAAGCCUCCACACAAGAGAAGAGCACAACUGUAUACAGUGAUUGAAGUCACAUCACAUUUGUAUCGUUGUUUGUUGCCCAUCUCAAUUUGGUCCAAGUACUUCCACUCGCUGCACGAUGAUGGCGAGCAUAUCUUGGGCUCACUGAUGGUUGGCCUUUACUUCACGUUCAAGAUCACUCAUUUGGUGGAGCGCAGCAAGCAAUGGUUCCAGACGGCUCGUGCCUUUAUCCUGCACGAGGUGCUCUAUGGACACAAGGCGACAAAGGAGCAGGUGGCCGCCGUCGACGACCUCUGCGCCAUCUGUCAGGAGAAGAUGGUCUCACCAAUCGUACUGCGCUGUGACCAUGUCUUUUGCGAGGACUGCGUCUCGCAGUGGUUCGAGCGCGAGAAGACCUGUCCACUAUGUCGUGCAGCCAUCGCUACCGCUGGAAACCGAACACACUCUGAUGGUACAACUUCAUUCCUCGUCCAACUAUUC